UUAACCCUUUUGGCGCAUAGUGACAUGAGUUUCUUCUAUGACUCCCCUUUAAGAGACGAGGGAUGCGACGUGUGUCACCCAACCCUGUUCCAAGCACCCGCUGGGGGAGGAGAGUCUGGAUGGACGUAUAGAUAGGCCAAAUAAAUAAACAAACGACAGGAGCAGGAGGAGGGGGAGGAAAAAAGGAAAUUCCCUUCUGUCUUUUCCUCUUCCCGAGCAUCUUGCGCUGCGCAGUGUUGGCGACACCACCGGGGAGCGGUGCGCAUUUUCUGUCGAUCUGAGGACAGGAGCAACAUCUCCGCGCCUGAAACGGACUGAAACACCGCAGUCUGACAGCCAGAGGAGGAAACUGCGGGUUCUUCUUUUAUUUUGAAAGCUUCUUUUUAAUGCACUGACGGUGGAGCAGAGACAGCCAAACCUGAUGCCCCCUCCAAACGGGAUAUUUGGCCGACCUAUGGAGUGUUGAUUUACAGUCGUUUUCACAAGAAUAUUUUUGAGGACACGCGGAGGAGCCUCGCUUGCACCGCGUUUUUCAUUGGCCUAUUUUUGCAUUAAAUUGCUGCGGGGUGAGAAAAUAGCUUUCAUUGCCAGUUGAGUGUUACAUAACCGAGUGGCAUUAGCUGUCCAAGGUGCUGAACUGAACGGUCGGAGCCUAUAACGGGACGAGCCGGGGGGAAUUCACAACCUUGCAAGGUCACGGGCCUAUCAAUCCGGGGAAGAGGAAAGGAGAGCAAGGGAGGCAGCCGGGUGAUAUAUUCAUAUUCAUAUUUCCUCGGCCCUGUGGGUGAAACACAUUCCUGAGGUGGUCGAUUCAGCGGAGAGAAAAUGUCGGGGCAAACGCUCACGGAUCGCAUCGCCGCUGCGCAAUACCAGCUAACGGGAUCAGAUAUGGCCCGGGCUGUCUGCAAAGCCACCACUCAUGAAGUGAUGGCGCCCAAGAAAAAGCACCUGGAGUAUCUGGUGUCAGCCACCAACACCACCAAUGUGAACAUCCCUCAAAUGGCUGACACGCUGUUUGAGCGAGCCACAAAUGCCAGCUGGGUGGUUGUCUUCAAGGCCCUCGUCACCACUCAUCACAUGUGUGUCCACGGCAACGAGAGGUUCAUUCAGUACUUGGCCUCCAGGACCUCUCUCUUCAACCUCAGCAAUUUUAUCGACAAAACCGGCUCUCAUGGCUACGACAUGUCUACAUUCAUCAGACGGUAUGGGCGGUACCUUAACGAGAAAGCCUUCGCUUAUCGCCAGAUGGCUUUUGAUUUCACCAGAGUCAAGAAGGGUGCUGACGGCGUGAUGAGAACCAUGACCACUGAGAAGCUGUUGAAAGGCAUGCCUGUUCUGCAGACUCAGAUUGACACACUCCUGGAGUUCGAUGUUCAUCCCAAGGAGCUGAACAAUGGGAUCAUCAAUGCUGCAUUCCUGCUUCUCUUCAAGGACCUGGUCAAACUGUUCGCGUCCUACAAUGACGGAAUCAUCAACCUAUUAGAGAAAUACUUCAAAAUGAAGAAGAGUGACUGUAAGGAGGCCUUGGAGAUCUACAAGAGGUUCCUGACCAGGGUGACAAAGAUUGGGGAAUUCAUGAAGCUCGCUGAGACAGUUGGAGUCGACAAAAAUGACAUUCCUGACAUCAACUACGCUCCCAGCAGUAUCCUGGAGAGUCUGGAAACACACAUGAACGGCCUGGAGGAUGUGAAAGGAGGAAAGAAGGGUGAAGGGUCUCCAACAAAGGGGUCUCCAACAAACAAUGUGUCUCCAACAUCAACACCUGCCAAAUCUUCAAAUGCUGUUCCCGCACUGCAGCCUCCUCCUGGGGAGAGUGCUGCCGCUGCUGCUGCUGCUCCUGCUGAGCCAGCUGAAGAUUCCUUGUUGGACCUGGAUCCACUAUCCUCCUCGGGUCCCUCAGCACCAUCAGCUGCCCCCACGUCUUGGGGAGAUCUUCUUGGAUCAGAAAUGGGCGAUUCCUUGCUAUCUGAACCCACCCUCACGGCAGAGCCCGCCCCCUCCCCUGCAGCAGCAACGCCCACUCCUGCAGCGGCAGAGCCCGGAGUCUCUCUAGCUCCUCCCACUAGCACAGCAACCGCCACCUCCCCUGGCGCCGCCAAUAUGGAUCUGUUGGGAGAUGCCUUUGCAACACCUGCUCCUGCCACUGAGGCCUCUGCAGCAGCAGCUGAAGGUGGGGCCGCUGCCACGUCUGCCCCAGCCGCCAACGCUGGAGCUGAGUCCACAGGAGGAGAUGCCACGGCCGCUGCUGCUCCUGCCGCCCCCGGUGCAGAGCUCAUGUCAGUAUUUGAUGGACUAGGGGAUGUAAUGAAGCCCACUUUGACCCCUCAGGCGGGGGAUGUUGACACCUCCAUGGCUAACAUGGCAAGUAAUCUCACAAUGGGAACCGCAGCGGCACCUCAGGUAGCUCCCCCCUGUUGGGGUGCUCCCAUGCCCGGGGCACCAGGAGCUCCCAUGAUGCCCAUGGUGAGGCCAGGCUUUCCUGCGACUGGGGCGACCCCCGGAGCACCGAUGUCUCCUGGAGCAGCCCAGAGCCCCAGAAAGCCUCCACCACCGAGGAACGCUCUGGAUGACCUCAACAUUAAGGACUUCAUGUAGACUGACUGACCUGUAAACCCCCAAGGUUUGUCAUCGUGUCUGGAGCUCUGUGGAUGUGGAUGUCUGCACUCCCCCCACUGCCUUCCCCUCAGUCAUGCCCUCAGCCCCCCCCCCCCCAUCUCAGCCAACCAGCCAUUACAUCUGCGAUCUCUGCCCUCUGACCUCCUACCAACCCCCCCUCCUAAAAUAAAACCUGCCCUCCUUAUCUAAUGUUGUAGCACAACUGUGAAUGUGAACCCUAGAUACAGAAAAACAAAACUCCGUUUAUGUGUGUGUGGGUGUGUGUGUAACUCAGUGUUAACCUUUACUUAAUAUACUACGGAAAAACGAACAAAAAAAAUAAAUAAAUGUGUAUUUAGAUUCAUUCUGGAUUUCCGCGUAUCAGCUGACUUGGAAUGGUGGAUAAAUGUUGGUUUCUUUGCGCAUCUCCCAGACGAGGACUGUGUUGUUUAAAUGUGGACUGUGUUCGGUGUGUGUAACUUCACUGGCCAACCCCGACUCCCACUCCUCCACCCCCCCCGUUGUCCAAAAACUAAUACUGAGCUAUGUUUAUGUCAUUAAAAACUUGGUUGUACCUAUAUCUGCUCGGCCAUCCAUCCUCCCACGUGUCUACUUCCAACAAAAUGUACCUGAAAACAACUUGCGAUCGAAUCUGGACUUAUCAUCGAACACAUCAAGUUGUGUUCAGUUUCAUUUUUACUUUUGUUUUUUUUAGGGAUCGUGUGAAACAUGCAAAAAUUUGUGAACUGUGUUCGAAUUGACAUAUGCAUUUUAGACUGUUUUAAAUGUUAGAUUAUUUUCUUUAUUCUUUAUUUUGUGAGAAAAAAUGUAUCAUAUAUUUUUAGUUAAAUUAUAAGGUUGAAAUAAGGCAAGUAGACUUUAAAAAAAAAUCCCCGCCUUCUUUGUACAUACCUCUCAAUCUGUAAUCAGAGGCAGUAUUGAAUGGAAACUUCGCCCCGAGUGUUUACUGUUGCGCCCCCAGCUGGUGUGGAGUGAUACUGCAUCGUAGCAUGCGACAGGUCAAUCUGGGAUGCAUCAAACUCUCAGAGAGGUCCUUCCUCCACAUAAGACGUUAAGGGAAGGAAGUGUUUGUGUAUGUGAUUGGGAUGUGGCUUCUGUCCUCUCUGCAGCAGCGCUCGGUACAUUUGUUCACGUGCUGCAGGUCUGGAGGACUCUCACUGUAAAGCACUCAAGUAUACGCUGGAUGUUCUGUGUGUUGUUUAUUUCCAAAAGUGACUGUAUCUUAAUCCAUUGUGGCAAGUGUUGAAAGAAAAAUAAAGAUGACUACGACACGUUUAAAAAAAAACAAAAAAAACAAUAAGAAUGUGGAUAAAUAAUGUUUGCUAAGUAUUCAACAUGAAGGCUGUGUUGUUUUUCUUUGGGUUAUUAUGGAUGGCAUCGUUCUUUCUCCCUCACCCCCACCUGCAUGUGAGUCCAAAUGAGAUGCAAUAAAAGACAAAUACACUGAUCCAAA